AUGGGGGUGAGAUCCGUGAUUUCGGAGAUAAGGACUCCAAAAAUUCCAAGACCAAAUAGAAGAGCCCCACAAUCUAAGGGUUUUUCUAAUCUCGCAAUCAUCGUAUCUCAGCCGAAGAAAGUAAUCGAUACCCUAGCUUUCUCAUUGUUCAAGAUCAAAUCUUAUCUCAAUCACUCUUCCCUAUCAAUUCCGGAUUUUCGCAAAAAUGACUCAAGAUGUCCCUCAACUUUUCAGAAUUUGAAGGAGAUAGCAGCAUUGAUUGAGGUGGGCUCAUAUGUGCGUGAGUUGCGGAGGAUUGUGAGGGCGAUUCGGUGGACAAUUCAGUUGAGGAGAAAGCUAAAGGCAUCUGUCCUUUCUGCAUUUCUCAAUUAUGUUCUUGUUCCUGGAUCCGAGUUGCACUCUUGCUUGUAUUCAUACCUUCCCAAGGAGGAUGAGCAGGAUAUGGAACUUGACACUGCAACAUCUGCAACUCAAGCUCCUGCAAAGCACUCUUUACCAGAACUUGAAAUCUAUUGCUGUUGGCUUGUUCUAAUAUUUCUGAUAGAUCAGAAGAGAUACAGUGAGGCCAAGGCCUGUUCUUCGGCAAGCAUUGCACGUCUAAAGAACCUGAAUAGGCGAACUGUUGAUAUUCUAGCAUCCAGACUCUACUUUUACUACUCUCUGAGUUAUGAACUUACUGGUGAUCUUGCUGAAAUUCGGGGUAAUCUGUUGGCAUUACACCGGACAGCAACAUUGCGUCAUGACGAGUUGGGACAGGAAACACUUCUCAAUCUGUUACUGAGGAAUUACCUGCAUUACAACUUAUACGAUCAAGCUGAAAAACUGAGGUCAAAGGCUCCGCGGUUUGAAGCUCAUUCAAACCAGCAGUUUUGCAGAUACCUUUUUUACCUUGGAAAAAUUAGGACAAUUCAGUUGGAAUAUACUGAUGCUAAAGAGUCCCUCCUCCAAGCCGCCAGGAAAGCACCUGAUGCUGCUCUUGGAUUCGGAGUUAUAUGCAACAAGUGGGCUGUAAUUGUCAGGUUAUUGCUUGGAGAGAUUCCCGAAAGAACUAUUUUUAUGCAGAAAGGAAUGGAAAAGGCUUUGAGGCCAUACUUCGAACUUACAAAUGCUGUUCGAAUUGGAGACUUGGAGUUGUUCAAAACAGUGGCCGACAAGUUCUCCAAUACCUUCAGCACAGACCGGACUGACAAUCUAAUUGUUAGGCUGCGUCAUAAUGUCAUUAGGACUGGGCUCCGCAACAUCAGUAUCUCAUACUCCCGGAUCUCACUAGCUGAUGUGGCAAAAAAGCUGAGAUUGGAUUCUCCGAACCCUGUAGCUGAUGCUGAGAGUAUUGUAGCCAAAGCAAUUCGAGAUGGUGCAAUUGAUGCCACAUUAGAUCACGCUAAUGGGUGGAUGGUGUCAAAGGAGACUGGGGAUAUAUACUCUACAAAUGAGCCUCAAGUUGCUUUCAACUCGAGGAUUGCUUUCUGCCUGAAUAUGCAUAACGAGGCAGUGCGUGCCCUUCGAUUUCCACCUAAUUCCCACAAAGAAAAGGAAAUUGCAGAGAAGAGAAGAGAGAGACAGCAGCAAGAGCAAGAGCUUGCCAAACACAUAGCUGAGGAUGACGAUGACGAAUUUUGA